AUGUCCAAAAUUUUGCAAGUUUGGUCCAAUUCGUCCAUUAGCUUCAGGCACUUGAGGGUACUUACCGCUGAUCCAGGAGAGAUUUGGUCCAAUUCGUCCAUUAGCUUCAGGCACUUGAGGGUACUUACCGCUGAUCCAGGAGAGAUUUGGUCCAAUUCGUCCAUUAGCUUCAGGCACUUGAGGGUACUUACCGCUGAUCCAGGAGAGAUUUGGUCCAAUUCGUCCAUUAGCUUCAGGCACUUGAGGGUACUUACCGCUGAUCCAGGAGAGAUUUGGUCCAAUUCGUCCAUUAGCUUCAGGCACUUGAGGGUACUUACCGCUGAUCCAGGAGAGAUUUGGUCCAAUUCGUCCAUUAGCUUCCAGAUAUUACUUACCAUUUUUCCACAAGGUACAACUUCGUUGGAGUUCAUUUUUGUUAUUUUUUUAUAAAUAAACAAAAAAAAUAAAAAAUUGUGAAAAUUUUUCAAUAAA